CUCCUUCCUGACCUUCUGUAUUUUAUAAUUUGCAGAGGUGGAGGAAGGGCACGAGAAUUACUGGCAUCUUCAAUGCUCUAUCCAUUUUCCGACGAGUUGGCGGUGACUGCGGGUGGACGUCUCACAUGCGCAUUCGAUGAUCCAAACGAGUAUUGCAGUUGGCACAAUGCUAUGACUGCGGACGCGAAAAAGAAAAGUGAACGACAAGAUAUGGAAGGCACCUAA